CCUCUUCUUUUUUUGUCUUUUAAUUCAUUUAAAUAAAUCAAAUUCAAAGCCAUUUUUUAAAAAAAAAAAAACGUAAAUGUUUGGGCCAUUCAACACAGCAGGAGCAUCGGCACAAAACAAGGAAAAUGCCGGACUCGGCAGUAUUGCGCGGCCAAACAAGCCACUGGGACUCCCACACAAACCCACACAAGCAACCAUACACCCAAGCAAAACCCCCUCCCGCCAAACCAUCCUCACACCAAGCAAUAAAAAAACCCUAGGGGCAACAACCAAACCCAAAGCACCAGGUCUUCGCAUAACUCAACAAACACCCCUCAACCCACGCCCCAAGCCUAUGGUCCAGGUGUAUGACCAGCAGAUUCCAAAGACUGUCAGGCGUCUCCAGGGCUUAUUUACACCGCGUAUACAGCAGCAUCAGAUACACGGGAAUUUCGGCCUGAUGGAGUCGGAGAUUCUGAUGUUGGAGCCAGAAUAUGUGCCGAUGAGACCCCGGACUCCUCCAUGGUUCGAUGCGCUGUCAGAGGUCGGGCUUGAUUUGGACGUCGGGCUGGUUCCGCGCACGCAGGGGUCUACGGCAGGCGUCAAGCUGAGUGAACUGCCGGAAUUGGAUUUGAAGCGCGAGUUACUCGUAGAUAUUUCGGUUACGCCGCCGUUGUCGCCAGUAAAAAGCGGAAGGUCGAUGAUCCCUAGGCCGAAAUUUACGACGUCGCCUGGGAUUCUUUGCAGGCCGCAGGUUUUGGUCGCAAACUCGUUGAACCCGACUCGCAUUCCGCAGCUGAAGCGCAAACGUUAAUGUUGCUGCUUAUUUAAUGAACCCUCUUUUUAUUUUUAUCUCACAUGUAUGCAUCCAUUCGCAUUGUCCAUUUAUUUUGUUUUUGUUUGUUUUUCAAUAAAUAAAACUUUUAUUUUUG